GAUAGGCCGCAAUCGAUAAGUUCAGUGGGCACAUGUGCUUAGCUCGUUUCGAAAAAAAACAACGUGAGGAUUAUAGAUAUUUGGCUGUUGAAUUAGAAUAAUAAAGUAGCCAAAUAUGGCGGAUCAUGCGUUUCAUCGGCCUGGCCCGUUAAAGCAAACAAAUAAGGCGCACAAAACGGGACGUCAUCGCUCCAAAGGCGCCAUCGACAAUGCCCUCAAAGGCAAAGUUGGUCUCAAGGCUAUCUCGCAUAAGCAUAAGCUGCAGCAGCGUAAGGAGCAACGACGCAACCAAAUGAAUCAGCUACGAAAAAAUAAACGCGAUGAGGUGCUGCAACAGAAGCGUCAAUUAGGUGGCCAAAACACAGCUCCAUUUCUGGUUUGUUUGCUGCCUAUGCACGAGCACAUUGAUGCCAACUCAGCAAUUGCUAUACUCCAGAGCUGCGACAGUGAAAUCGUUGUGGAAAAGUCAGCCAGCGGCAUUGUUUACAUGAAUCUACCACGUUUCAAGCAGCGCUUUGCAUUUGUAGUGCCACCCGUUGGGCGUGGCAAUGAACUCAUUGUUCUGGACUAUCUGAAGGUGUGCGAUACCACACUGAUGUUGACGUCGGCAGCUUUCGGUGACGACGAAAUUUUCGAUCGCUGGGGUCAGCGUGUAUUUAAUAUGAUAUCAGCUCAAGGCAUACCAACGCCUGUUGUAGCCUUAAUGGAUCUGGAAUCUAUUAAUCCAAAACGUCGCAUUGCUGCAAAGCAAUCGGCACAGAAAUUUAUAGACAAACUGCUGCCUGAGGAGAAAGUCAUGCAGAUGGACACCGCCGCUGAAGGAUUGAAUAUUAUGCGCCGCAUUGGCGGACAGAAAAAGCGCUUGCUGCACAACGUUAACAACCGCCCAAACUUGUUUGGGGAUUUGGUGGAAUAUGUGCCAAACGGAGAGAUGGGCACUCUGAAAGUUACCGGCUAUUUGCGAGGACAAUCACUAAAUGUUAAUGGUCUGGUGCACAUACCGGGACUGGGUGACUUUCAGCUUGGGCAAGUGGACGCGCCGCCCGAUCCUAAUAAACUAGAUAAGAAACGGGAUGGGGAGUUGGCUGAGGUGCGUUUGCUCGAUCGCAGCGAUCCAGCGAAACAAACAUCGCUGCAGGCUGAGAAUAUACCCGAUCCUAUGGAUGCAGAGCAAACAUGGCCAACGGAAGAGGAAAUCGAGGCAGCACAGAAGGAAACAAAGAAAACAAAGUUAAUCAAACGUGUGCCCAAAGGUUACAGCGAGUACCAAGCUGCUUGGAUACCUGAUGUGGAGGAAGUGGAAGGCCAGGAAGAUGACGACGACGACGAUGAUGAUGACAUGAGCGGCGAUGAAGAAGACGAGGACUUUAUGUCCUGUGAUAAUAAAUCCUUUGAGGAUGAGUGCGAAAAACGCGAAUCGGACACAGAAGAGUAUUUGGACAGUGUUUCGGUGUCCUCAGAGGCAGCUGUCAACGACGAAAAAUACGAUCAGCAAAUGGAUUUCCAGGAAGAGCGGGAGACCUUAAAGAAGUUACAACAGGCUCGCACCGAUCAAUUGUGGCCCGACGAAAUCGACACACCGCUCGAUGUGCCUGCCCAUGAACGCUUCCAGAAGUAUCGUGGCCUAGAAUCGUUCCGCACAUCACCCUGGGAUGCCAAAGAGAAUCUGCCCAGCGAUUAUGCCCGCAUCUACCAGUUUCAGAACUUCGAUCGCACUAAGCGUCGCAUUUUGGCAGAAGCAAAAGAAUUCGAAGGCAUUUUGCCCGGCUUGUACAUCACGCUGCAUGUCAUCAAUGUGCCCGCCAGCCGCUGGAGCGCAUUCCGGUCCGCUCACAUUUCGGAUAACGUCAUUGUCUAUGGCAUGUUACCGCAUGAGCACCAGAUGUGCGUUAUGAAUGUUGUGCUGCAACGUAUUCCUGACUCCGAGGUGCCGCUAAAGUCCAAGGAGCAGCUGAUCGUUCAGUGUGGCUAUCGUCGGUUUGUUGUCAAUCCCAUUUACAGUCAGCACACCAAUGGCGACAAGCAUAAGUUUGAACGUUUUUUCCGCCCCUAUGAGACCGUGUGCGCCACCUUUUAUGCGCCCAUACAGUUUCCACCUGCUGCCGUGCUCGCUUUUAAGGUUAAUCCCGAUUCCUCAUUGGCAUUAGUUGCCCGUGGCCGUCUGCUUUCUUGCAAUCCGGAUCGUAUAGUUCUGAAGCGUGUAGUGCUUAGCGGUCAUCCGAUGCGCAUUAAUCGCAAAUCGGCCACCAUACGCUACAUGUUCUUCUACAAGGAGGACGUGGAGUACUUCAAGCCCGUGAAGCUACGCACCAAAUGCGGUCGAAUGGGUCACAUCAAAGAGUCGCUGGGCACGCAUGGUCACAUGAAGUGUUAUUUCGAUGGUCAGCUGCGUUCUUAUGACACGGCAUUCAUGUAUCUCUAUAAGCGCGUCUUCCCCAAAUGGAAUUAUGAGGAAUGCCUUGUGCGCAGUGCCGAACAUUCACGCCAGGAGAAUGAGGCGGAAAUUCGCCGCAGUUCAAAACAGCUCGACGAUGAGGCAAUGGAACAAUAGUCUAAUUUGAAUAUAUAUUUAUAUGUAUACAUUUUUGUGUAUCUGUGCAUAUAUUGAAAUAAAUUCUCUCGCGGACACAA